AUGGACAGCCUGGAAGCCAUUCCAUGCUCAUUUCAGUGCGCUGAGCCUUCGCCCCCAUUGUCUCUUCCUACACAUGAUCAUUCGGUACUCCUUGGUGGGGAUGAUAGAGAAGGUGUUAUUGGUGUUCUGAGCCUACAGUCAGAGCCGGCUCUAUUGCACUUCGAUCAACAGGGUGCAGAACAUAACGAUCAGACUGAUUCCGGAAUCACAUCCAACCCUUCUCAAGUUAGGUCAUCUGGUUCGCCCCGCCAAACCCCCACUGUUAGCUGGAAGCCUGCAUCUGCCAAACACAAAGGUCCUCAGAAUCGUAUUCCACUCGAAGCAAAGCAGAUACUCGAGGAUGAAUUUGCUGCAAAUCCUUACCCUUGCUCCUGGGAGAUGGACAUCAUCGCUCACCAAGCAAACCUGGAAGUCAAGAAGGUCCGCAACUGGUUCAACAAUACACGAGCUAGGAAGAAAGGGGACUCCCAACCUGAUGACUCAGUCAUACCUCACCAGGGAGCUCGUUCGCUCAAGCCUAAACUUUCCAAAGACAGCCUCGAGAUCUUUGAUGCACAGGUCAAAGAUACCAUCCAGCCUCCUCAGCCGCCAUUGGCUGUGUACCUUGCUCAGUCGUAUCAAGAAGAAGCAGUAGAGUUUUCCGAUGUGCAAGCGGCUAUCGACAACAAUUCUUUGAGUGGAAGCGGUAGUUUCCAAGAAGAUGCGUUUUCGGACUUCAGGCGACAAAGGCACGGCUCCAUCGUCACAUCAAUCGCCUCAUCUGAAGGUACAGCGCUCACCACCUACACUGUCUCUUCGAACGGUAGUCACAGCAAAAUCUCGUCCUUUGGUCGAGAUCGAAGACGUGGUCGAAGACGUAUGGCCUGGAAAGAGUCGCCGUAUAAUCGUCCGAAGUUUAAUGGGGUCAAUAACGCUGGUGAACCUCAGCAAGACCUCCCUUUCUUCUGUACCUUUUGCCCUCGAGCCUUCAAGACCAAAUACGAAUGGAUCCGCCACGAGGACUCAGUACAUGCCCUACGAACGACCUGGAUUUGUUGUGACACGAAGAACGCACCGCUUCCGUCAUGUCCUUUUUGCGGGCAGAUGCACCCUGACGAUUCUCACCUGGCAACUCACAAGUACCAACAAUGUAGAAACAAGGCUGAAUCACAAAGAACUUUCUACCGCCGAGACCAUUUCAUACAACACUUACAUCACGUUCACUUCGCAAACGUCAAGCAUCCAUCAGUCCGUGUUGGCUGCCAGGCCCGCCUGAUGGCAACAGAAGGCCACAAUUUCGGAUGUAAGGACCUCGCAAUGAAGUGGCGACGAUUUGGCGCUCCAAUGAAGGAGGACGAUCCCAUGCUUCAUUGCGGCUUUUGUGGAAAGAAAUCCAAGGAUUGGCUCGAACGCUGUGAACAUAUUGCCGAACACCUUGUCGCUCGAGAGCUAGACCGAGCUGUCUGGUGGCCUGAACGAAUGGAGAAUCAUCUGGAAAAUCUCUAUUCGGCUAUACCAUUCGAAUCUUUCCGAUGCCGCUACUGCCGGAAAAUAUUCACUGACACCCAGUCCAUGAAUGAACACUCACACUGCCGUGUAUGGAGCUGUCGGUUUUUACAAAGCUUUGAUGACGUCGCCGCCGACAACGCAGGGCCACCUUUGUGUCCAGACUUUCCAUCCGCAAACGCCCAUCAUUGCCAUCUCUGCGGUGCAGGCUAUCGUGCUCUUCAUGUCGAACAUGCGCAGAGUCACCAUAGGUAUCGCUCGUGCAACCAAGAAUUCUACACAUCCGAGGAGACUUUUCUUCAGCAUCUCCACAACUUUCAUGGCGCGUCUCAGCCUGCGCUACUGCAUGGCAGCUCAGUCAUUGAGCAGAACUUCAUGAGGAACAAGGGCGCUUCGUUUGAGCCAGUCGAAUUCAAUGAAAGCAUGCAGCCAUGCUUUAUGGAUUUGGACACUACACCUCUAGUCCCUUUCAUACCCACCAAGAAAACUCCAGUCAUGCCUUCGAAUGCGAAACUGGAUCAAGUCCAUGUAAAAAAGUCCGUUACCACACAGAAGAAGGCUCGAGAGCAGCCUCAACCGGCUCUUUCCGGAGCAGCAAAGGUUCAGAGGCAACGUUCGGUUACCACCACCUCCAAAGGCGAGCUACAAAGCCCUCGGUUCUUUCGCCUCAAUACCUACGUUCCCUUCUUGACAUCUCGUAUCUUUUACUCUCGUAGUGGCAAGCGGUCGGAGCUCUUGAGGGAUGAGAACGAUGUAGUUGAGGAGAUACCGAAGCCUCACAUCACUUCUUUGGUAAUGAGCGCAGGUCUUGUAAGCAUGGCAGCUGUUCGAUGGCCCAUCAAACCAGAAAAACAUAGGUCAAAUAGCAUGAUCGAACUUACCCUUGAGGAGGACAUGGGUUGA